UGUGCGCUCACACCCAUAUUCAACAGGCUGAUGAUCCUCUGGGUAAGGCACAGAUUGGAGAGCGGUUCAGGCUGCAGACAGACAUCGGAUAUGCGGACUCUUUAAUUUGCGCGCAAUGGCGCAGGAGCGCAAAACUCCCCCUGCCAAUUCAGACUUGCGCUUCAACAAGUAGAUUCAAGAACAAAAAAAAUAUAUAGACAGAAAAAAAACUUAUAAAUAAUAUCUUUUCAUUGCAUUUGGACAAAGCAGAAGAGGAUGGAGACCCCACACAACGGAUCCAACGUAACAUCGAAUUACACUAACCAGUUUGUCCAGCCGCCGUGGCGCAUCGCCCUCUGGUCGGUUGCUUACAGCUCAGUGAUUGCUGUGGCCGUGUUUGGAAAUGUCAUCGUCAUAUGGAUCAUUCUUGCCCAUAAGCGCAUGCGGACGGUAACAAACUACUUUCUGCUUAAUUUGGCCUUUUCGGACGCGUCGAUGGCCGCUUUCAACACUUUGAUAAACUUUAUCUACGCUGCCCACGGAGAUUGGUACUUCGGUAAAGCAUAUUGUAAAUUCCAGAACUUCUUCCCAGUCACAUCUGUAUUCGCAAGCAUCUAUUCCAUGACUGCAAUAGCUGUGGACAGAUACAUGGCCAUAAUCCACCCUCUGAAGCCUCGUCUCUCAGCAAAGGUCACUACGGGAGUCAUCGUCAGUAUCUGGAGCCUGGCAGUGGUUCUGGCUUUCCCUCCGUGCUAUUUCUCAGACACCCGAGCUCUACCCCACAGGACCAUCUGCUAUGUCGCCUGGCCUCGCAAAGAAGAUGACCUCUUCAUGUAUCAUAUCAUAGUGACAGUUCUAGUGUACGUGCUGCCAUUAGUGGUGAUGGGAAUCACUUACACUAUCGUGGGGAUGACACUCUGGGGUGGUGAGAUUCCUGGAAAUUCAUCUGAUAAUUAUCAUGGACAGCUCAAGGCUAAAAGGAAGGUGGUAAAGAUGAUGAUCAUUGUGGUGGUGACUUUUGCCCUCUGCUGGCUUCCGUAUCAUGUCUACUUCAUCGUGGGCGGCCUCAAUAAGAGCCUGAUGAAGUGGAAGUACAUCCAGCAGGUUUACCUGUCAGUGCUGUGGCUUGCCAUGAGCUCCACCAUGUAUAACCCCAUCAUCUACUGCUGCCUCAAUAGCAGGUUUCGAGCCGGCUUCAAGAGAGCGUUUCGCUGGUGCCCGUUCAUCAAGGUGUCCAGCUACGACGAGCUUGAGUUACGCUCAAUACGGCUGCACCAAACACGCCAAAGUAGCAUGUACACACUUACUCGGAUGGAUACCACCAUGGUUAUGGUUUACGACCCUGCUGAGGGCAAUUGUGGCGCAGCAGGAAGAAAGCAUUCCCUGCCUGCCAGGAAGAGAAGCUAUGUCACCUCACGGCAGGCGGAGAUCACUGCUUCCUGUGACACUGGAGCAGGAACACAAAAUGGAGUUGCACCGAAAGCUGAAAUUGAAGAGUUCUCUUGA